AUGAUUCUAGUUCUCGACUUGCAAGGGUCCCUCUCCACUGUAUGUGUGUACUUUGCUAAUUACUCGUUCGUCGAUCACUGCCUCGUAGUAAUUGCCUUGCCACCUAUCACGACAGUUGGUGUUCGGGAUUCAGUUUUUUUGAAUUUUUUUCCUAUUCCGGUUGAGGAAGAAUGUCUCUCGGAAGAUAAACGACUUCGGGGAAUAUGCAUGAACACGUAUGAGUGUCGCAUUCAACAAGGAAAGUCACAUGGCCCUUGUGCACUUGGCUUUGGUGUAUGCUGCAUUUUCACGACUGGUUGCGGUGGAGAGGUGCUGAAUAAUCUGACCUACGUUACCAGUCCAGGAUUCCCGAACCUCAUCGAUCAGCCUAUGAAUUGUACAGUGACCAUCAGGAAAAUCGAGCAACAAAUCAGCCAACUAAGGAUUGACUUUCUACAUUUUAACAUAGGACAACCUAAUAGAAGAACUGGUAUUUGUGAUGAGGACUUCAUGGAGAUAAGAAGUGGAAAUAAGAGUUUAAAAUUGUGCGGCUGGAACAGUGGUCAGCAUAUUUACACAGACAUAAGCGAUGGUACAAUGUCCAUUGACUUCCGGUUACCGCGUGGACUUCAAUCACGGAUGUGGGAAAUGCGAAUUGUUCAACUUCCGUUUGCUCAACGUGCUCCCGCUGGAUGUCUUCAAUAUUUUGAGGAUAUAAAUGGAAUAUUAAAGACACUCAAUUAUUUGCCAAAUGGAAGAUUUUUGGCAUCACAAGAUUAUUUGAUUUGUGUGAAACAAAAAAUUGGUAUGUGUAGCAUUUCCUACGCACCAUGUACAUCCGAUUCGUUUCGAAUUGGCCCCCCGCGAUUCAGGCGGAAUGAUACAUCCGUUAACAUGGAUGUCGAGGGCUCUGGCACUGGACCAGAACCAACAAUAAUUCAACGCUGUAGGAACAGAGUACUCAUUCCCUGUGACUUUGAAGAAUUUAUUACGCCUGGAAAUCGUGGAUCCGGAUUCUGUGACCUUGAACAUUGUGGAACUUCGCUAUGUAAUCCUGAUGAAUUCGAUGCAGAUGGAAAUUGUCGUGUUGAAACUUCAGCGUCUCCAUUUCAUAUAAGAGUGGCAUUUGGUCCUGGUGAAGAUACUGGAACUUCGCUCGAGGACUAUGUGGGAAUGUGCUUGAAUUACGAACAGUUGCCAUGUGUUCCUUGAAAUUGAUUGUAACUGAAAUUCUCCACUAGUCUAAAGGUUUCAGUCAUCAGCAAAAAAAAAGAAAAAAAAAAAAAAAACUCUUCCAAAGUUUGUCUUUCGUGGACGCAAACUUUACUCAGGAGAGUUGAAAUAAAAAACUUUUUUUUUUUUUGCUUUUCUUUUAUCACUGCCACCAAUUUCUGUCUAAUUUCAUCAAAAAGUUAACGUCCCGCCUUUUAGAAAAGUCAAAUAUGUUUUUCUCAUAAAAAGCACUUGGAAGAACCUUAAUAUAAAAUCCAUUUAUGAAAAACGUAA